ACCUACCACCAAAUUUGUAUUUUUGUACACGAGCUACUUCUUCUUUUCCUAAGCCUGGUCCAUUUAACUAAGAUGAUGGACGCACUGUCAGUGGUGAGUCAGCUGCGGGACCUGGCCUCCGAACCUCAGAACCGAGAAGUGAUAGUCCAGGACCAGGGCUGUCUGCCUGGGCUGGUUCUCUUCCUCGACCACAGGAACCCUGAAGUUUUGCUCGCAACUCUACAGACCCUGCGUUACUUGGCUGAGUUGCCUCCCAACAUCCCCACCAUGAAGAAUGAACUGGGUAUGAUGGUGAGCUUGGAGAAUCUCAUGGCAAGGGAUGGCCUAUCUGUUGACAUCACAGCCCUGGCCCAGGAGGUGUAUGACAUUUUGUGUGCACCUGCUAAUCCUGUGUCCCACAUACCUGAGAGGGAGAGGAGAAAGAAAUCCCAGUUCUUUAUCAACUCCUCCAACAAUAAGGCCAAAUCUGUCACUCUGCACAUCCAGGGGCUGGACAGCACUGACCAGCGAGGCUUGUGUGAAGACGCUCUUCUGAAGGUGAAAGGAGUGAUAAGCUUCACUUUCCAGAUGGCCUCAAAGAGGUGCACUGUCCGUAUCCGCUCUGACCUGUCCACUGAGAGUCUGGCCUCAGCCAUCGCUGCCACUAAGGUGAUGUCAGCUCAACAGGUGGUGAAGAAUGAAGCAGGAGAAGAGAUUUUGAUCCCUCUAAACACAUCUGGGGUGAAGGUGCAGCAAAACUCAGCUCUACCAGACUACCUGCCAGAGGAAGAGGAGAGCCCAGAGAGGGAGGUUGACCGUGCAAUUUCCCGCACUACAGCUAAAGAAGAUUCCAGUGGGAACUGGCUCAACGCUGCUGCCAAUUUCCUCACAAAAACCUUCUACUGGUGAAACUGGAGCAGUUUGAUUCUGAGACUCAGUGUCACAGAUUUGUGCUAAAGACUGCUCCCUACUGCUGAGUAUGUUACUGGAGUGGACAUUACUGGAUGUGAGCACAUGCAGGACUACAACCUGCCUUUGUGUGCAAGGUCAGAACUUCAAAGUAUCAACAUGCUCAGAAGCACUUCAGAUUUUAGGUUCUAUCCUAAUGAAUGGAGUCCCACACACUUAAGAAACAUUGUUUUCUCUGGACUUAAUGCUGUUUUCUAUCUAUUGUUCUCGUUAAGUGUAAAUGUUUUCUCCAAAUCUGUCUCUGUCCAAGCUGUCCAUUUUCUCCCUACAUGUAAAAAAAAAAGGCAUAGAAGUGUUUGCUACUUUUCUUUAAUAGUUGGAAAAGUACUUUUCUGUAUGUUCUGCUGUUUAUUAGUAGUUGUAUUGAUUUAUCCUGAAAUAAAUGUACAAAACAUUACAUGUC